CGUUAGUAUAAAUUGUGGAGAUUAUUUUGAAACAUUGACACGCAAGGAUGGGGCGGUUAGCUGCUUUGAGCUUCAUAGGUCUAUUAUCAUCAGUGUUAGCUGCACCAGCACCUCAAGUAUGCUCAAUGCCUUCAGAUAUGCAGCCUCCUUCCCUGCUAAAUAACCCUAACCUCUAUAUUCCAAUAAUUCAGCCUACACCGAGCUGCGAUGGACCUAUUAAAGUUAUAAUUCAAAAAGACAACGUGCCCGAAAGACUGCAAGCUGCUGGUUUCCGUUCCUACCAAGUACCAGGCGGAAACUUUUAUAUUCAACCCAACCCUGAUAUUACCAUUCAACCCCGUCCAAUCGUCAUCAGACCUCCGUAUUUCAGACCCAUCCAACCAGCUGCUAUAGAGGUCCAGCCACCACCCCUUCCGCCAAUAAUACCACCUCCGAUUACCAUACGACCAGCGCAGUUACGGCCAAUAAAUGUGCCACCAAUCUGCGUAAGGCCAAAGCCUAUGGCUCCAAUAACGCCACCAGCGAUCAUGGUCACACCACCUUGUCAGAAGCCAAUCCAACCACCACCCAUUAUGAUCCGUCAGCCAGAGCUACCAUUGAUAACUCCAUCACAGAUAGUGGUGAGACCACCAUCGCCUGCAAAUGUCCAACCACCGACGAUUUGUUUCAAGACUUCAGUCUUGAGAAAUGGUAACUGCGACAGUCCAUACCCUCAACCUACGGACCUUUAUCCUACGAACAGCUGUUCUUGUUCCAAUGAAGGCAAAUAAAUAGAUAUUCAGAUAUUUACUGCAAAUGUAUAUAAGAAAUACGUUUUUAUAAUAAUGUUAUUUUAAUAUCACUCUAUCAAUAUGAUAAAAAUUUGACCAAAACAGUAUUUUUUACGCCGAAUCUAUCACUUAACCUUCUCUAGAUGCUAUAAACGGCGCCGGCCCGGGCCCUUGAUUAGACUAUAGCGAGAUUGUCCUUCAGCGCCCUUUGUUCGACACUGUCACUUCACAUAAAUUGCAUUUCAAUUAAUGUUAUAUAAAGAAUUAUCAUUUAUAUAAACCAGACAACGUUAUGUACUCCUAAAAAUAGUUUCUAAUAUUUUCGCACCCUUUCCCACCUGGCGCCUAGAACACUAUCCCAGGACUAGUGCUGGUUAUAAAGACCAAUUUACUAUUUUUCACGAUUCGGAUGGAUUAUUGCUUGAAAAUUUUUGACAGAAAUUACAGGAUUAUAUAUUAGAAGAUACGCUGCAAAAUCCAAGUUUGAUUCUAUCGAAAAAGUGCUCCAAAACUUUAGGAUUUUUAAGAAAAGAUUACGUUUACAGGCUAUUUUGUAAUAUUUUGAAUUAUAUUUGACAUUAUUUGACAUUAUACAUAUUGUUAUAUAUGUUUGCGUAAUGUAUAUGAAUUCAGACCUCGAUAACGUUUCCGGUCAUCCGAUUGUUUAGUCUUGUGUGAUUUCGUUCGUUCGUUUUGAUUCAAAUUUUGCAAAUGUAUGUCACGCUUAUAUUAUAUUAUGUGUUAUAAAUAAAUGAUUUAA